AUGUCUUCCUAUGUUUAUUUGGGGGUCUCUCGUGUUCUGAUAGAUACAUACAGCUGAAAGACAAGCGCAGUUCAGCUAGAUUUACCCUAAACUGUCCUUAAUGUGUGUGUGUCUUGUGAUGGAAUGACAUCCUGUCCAUGGUGUCUCCUACUGAUUGUGUUGAUACCCCUUUGGACAAGCAGAUUUGGGAGAACAGGCUGGACAAAUGAACAUGACUUCCUAGGGAUCAUGGGAGAUGCAGACACACCUUAAAGCUUCUGAUGGAUUUGUGCAGGCUGCUCUAUUUAGUGCUCGUUCAUGGCCGCAUGAAGACAGCCUCCCCACCAAGUGGGAGAAUGUCAUCCCCAGGAGUGAGCACCAAUCUGCUGCGGUCAUACGCAAGUCCCUCAGAGAGCUGGACGGUGAUCCAUCACCCGCCAGUAUCUCCGGGAUGCGGGGAUGCAGGCUGCUGGUGGCGGGAGCCUCGGAGGAAAGGCGCAUUUCGGGCGGAUUGCAACGCCAUCAGACGCCCUGUAGCUCUUAACUCCAGCUACAGUGGAACAUGCUUUGCUAAACAGUCCUGGCGAUAGGUUGUGUGGGCUGCGUGCCUAAGGCCAGCCAAUGGAGCCCGAGAGCCAGGCCAACGUCACCCAAGACGACCUUUUUGGGUCGGACACAAAUUCCAGCAAGUGCUGCUCGUCCACGUCAUCGGUGCUGAGCGAGGGCGCCCUGGAGGACAGCACGAAGCUCGUGGGAGUGCAGGUGGUGCUCAUCCUAGCCUACAGCACCAUCAUCCUGCUGGGGGUCGUCGGAAACUCCCUGGUCAUCUACGUGGUCUACAAGUUCAAGACGCUGCGCACGGUCACUAACUUUUUCAUAGCUAACCUGGCGGUGGCCGAUCUGCUGGUGAACACGCUGUGUUUACCGUUCACCCUGGUUUACACCCUCCUGGAAGAAUGGAAGUUCGGACAGGUCCUGUGCUUCAUGCUGCCCUACGCCCAGGGUCUGGCAGUGCACGUUUCCACGGUAACCUUGAACGUCAUAGCCUUAGACCGACACAGGUGCAUAGUGUAUCACCUGGAGACCAAGAUGUCCAAGGAGAUGUGCUUUGUGGUGAUCGGCAUAACGUGGACCAUCAGCGCCGUGCUGGCCAGUCCGCUGGCCAUUUUCCGGGAAUACACCACAUUCGACUUCUCGCCGGAUCAGUCCAUCCAGGUGUGUACGGAGAAGUGGCCCGGGAGCAACAGGGACGGCACCGUCUACAGCAUCUCCGCGGUCAUCCUGCAGUACGUGCUCCCCCUGUCAAUCAUCUCCUUCGCCUACGUACGCAUCUGGAGCAAACUCAAGAAUCACGUCAGCCCGGGGGCGAGGAACGACCGGCACCACAGGCGGAAGAAGACCACCAAGAUGCUGGUCACCAUGGUGGUGGUCUUUGCAGUCAGCUGGCUGCCUUUCCACGCCUUCCAGUUGGCUACCGACAUCGACAGCAGCGUGCUGGACAUGAAGGACUUCAAGCUGCUCUACACGAUGUUCCACAUCAUAGCCAUGUGCUCCACCUUCGCCAACCCCAUCCUUUACGGCUGGAUGAACAACAACUACAGGGCGGCUUUCACAGCGGUGUUCAAAUGCGAGCGCAGACUCCGCUCUGUCCAGCAGGAGGCGCACAGCAGAGUCCAUGCCAAAGGGCCACCAGAGUCACAAGACCCGAACUUAAAUGCUACAAAUGUUUAAACGUAUGGCUUGAAUUCUGCUGAAUGAUAUUUUUGCCACUGUAAAUUCCUUUGGAUGCACGAUGUAUUGGCUUGCUGUGGUGCUUCGCUCUCUCCUGCUUUACCGUGUAUAUAUGGUUUGGUCACUGCUGUGAAAUUAAUGUACAUGUUCAAAUCUAGUGUGUAAAUGUGCAAAAACAAUCGCAAACCAUGCAAAAUGAUUCUCCGAAUAAAACGAUAUUAUUUUGAA